AUGACCUUAAGUCGAGCUCGUGCCUCGGGGAUCGAUGUCAGAGCUAGGUCAGCUCAGGUAGGACCGCACUCCAGUACUUUAUCCGAGAAAGUUAUCGCAUCAGUUCCAAUUCCAGUAGGCCACCUUCCAGGGAAACUGGGACUAAUGGAAUUCCAGCUAGCCCUGUACAAACGGCUUCCAGGUAGAACGGCAAUAACAUUUAGUCCGAUCGAGAGAGGUUUUUUUCCCGGUCAAUUUGAAAAAAAAUACGAUAAGGAAGAUGUAUUUGAAACUAUCUGA